UGGUUUAAUUUGACAAGUUCAAACGCUCCUAUUUCUCGCGCGCUUGAGGUGUGACGUCAUAGGGCACGUCCUGUCAGUUUAUUGUUUGCAUUGAGAGUUAGUUUGAUAGUUAACAAGGUGUUUUAGUUUAAAUAUCGCGUAAUAAUAAUCAUGGAAAAAGAAAAAAAGCCAUUUUACAGAUAUUGCAUGGUACCAAUGUGUCCGAACACUAUAAAAAGUACACCAGAUAAAGUUUUCUUUGCUGUUCCAAGAGAUCCAAACAUACGUAAACAAUGGUGUAAGGUUAUGCGAAGGGAUAAUGUAUCUCCAAUAUCGCGUCAACAUUGUUGUGAAGAUCAUUUUAAUAUCAAGGAAGAUACAGUAAAUUAUAUUAAAUACAAGCUCAUGAAGGAACAAGGCGAAAAAGUUAAAUUACUCUUAAAUAAAGGAGUUAUGCCUCAUAAAUUUCAAUGCCAAAAACGUAAUGUUUCAUCACCACAGGAGAGAAUGUAUGCUGUUAAGAAAAGAAGAUUAUCACUUAUGAAUAAAGCUCUCUCCGAACCUGAAGACAACAUUAAUAGAGAGCUUAAAUUUGUUGACGAUGAAGUGGUUUUUGAAACAAAUAUCAUGAAAUGUGAAACUGAAAUGGUCAGUGAAUCUGGAAAAUAUGAUUUGUUUGGUGGUGAAAUUGUUACCCAUAACCUCGAAGAAAAAUGUUAUAUAGAUAAAAUUAAAAGUGAAAGUGUCCUUGAUGUUUACUAUGAACCCAUAUCAGAAAAAUGUAUAGAAAAAAUAAGUGAAGGCCCUCAAAAUAAGUUCCUUGAAAUACAGGUUAAGAAAGAGCUUGAAUCUGUUGAGGAUGAAGUGGUUUUUGAAACAGAUAUAAAAUGUGAAACUGAAAUGGUCAGUGAAUCUGGAAAAUAUGAUAUGUUUGGUAUUGAAAUGGUUACCCAUAACCUCAAAGAAAAAUAUGAUAUAGAUCAGAUUAAAAGUGAAGGUGUCAUUGAUGUUUACAAUGAACCCAUAUCAGAAAACUGUAUAGGAAAAAUAAGUGAAGGCUCUCAAAAUAAGUUCCUUGAAAUACAGGUUAAGAGAGAGCUUGAAUCUGUUAAGGAUGAAGUGGUUUUUGAAACAGAUAUGAAAUGUGAAACUGAAAUGGUCAGUGAAUCUGGAAAAUGUGAUAUGUUUGGUAUUGAAAUGGUUACCCAUAACCUCGAAGAAAAAUAUGAUAUAGAUCAGAUUAGAAGUGAAGGUGUCAUUGAUGUUUACCUUGAACCCAAAUCAGAAAAAUGUAUUGAAGAAAUAAGUGAAGGCCCUCAAAAUAAGUUCUUUGAAAUACAGGAUUCUGGGAACGUUUUCGUUAAAAUAGAGGAUGAAACAGUCAUCGAGAAGAAAGAAGAGAGCUUCAAUGAAAAGGAGUCGUCAGCGUUAUGUCAAAAGGAGUUUGGCACUGCAAACGAUCAUAUUCUGAAACCGUAUCAGUGCAAAAUUUGCUCGAAAUCAUUCAUUUCGAAAAGUUAUUUGAAAAUACAUGAAAAAAUUCAUACAGGGGAGAAAUCAUUCCAAUGUAAAAUAUGUCUAAAAUCAUUUGUUGAAAGAGGUAAUUUGAAAGCUCACAAUAAAAUGCAUACUGGUGAAAAACCAUUUCAGUGCAAAAUCUGCCUGAAGUCAUUUAUUCGAAAUAGUAAUUUGAAAGCUCAUGAAAGAACCCAUAGUGGCGAAAAGCCAUAUCAGUGUAAAAUCUGCUUGAAGUUAUUCACUCAUAGUGGUAGUUUGAAAACACAUGAUAGAAUUCAUACUGGAAAAAAAUCAUUUCAGUGUAAAAUCUGCUUGAAGUCAUUCACUCAAAGCAUUAGUUUGAAAAGACAUGAAAGAACUCAUUCUGCAAAAAAACCUUUUCCAUGUAAAAUCUGCUCAAAGUCCUUUUUUCAGACUACUCAUUUGAAAUCGCAUGAAAGAAUCCAUACUGGUGAAAAGCUAUUCCAGUGUAAAAUCUGCUUGAAAUCAUUCACUAAAAGUGGUAAUUUGAAAAGUCAUGAAAGAACUCAUACUGGGAAAAAACCAUUCCAGUGUAAAAUCUGCUUAAACUCCUUUGUUCAGAGUGCUCAUUUGAAAUCGCAUGAAAGAACCCAUACUGGUGAAAAGCCAUUUCAGUGUAAAACUUGCUUGAAGUCAUUUAAUCAAAGUGGUAAUUUGAAAACUCAUGAAAAAACACAUUCAUAAUGCUUUUUUAUGCAGAACAUAUACUGGGAGAAAAAAUCAUUUCAAUGUUGAAUCUACUUGAAGUCUUCGAAAACUCAUGAAAAUCAGAAAAAAUAUUUCAUUGUGCAAAGUUACCUUUUGAUAAUUUGUUUUUUGGUAUCGAAAAUUGAGAAGUUGAUAAAAUUGAUGUAUUAUCUCAAAUUAUAAAAUUAACAAUAAUGUCUUCAUUAAUCCUUGGCAAAGUCCAGUAUUAAUACCGCUCUGUUUAACUGAGUACUAUUUAAAAUUAUUCAAUAGUAAGUACAUUAUGAACAAAGAAGCAAAUAUAACUAAAUAAUUAUACUUGAAUUAUACACAUCAUGAAGGUACAAAACAUUGAACAGAUUGAAUUGAAAGUGCUAUAUUUCUGAGGGAGAAUAAUUUUUGGGAAAGAAAGGUUUUUGCCUUUCUACUUCUUCACCAUUAUAUAAAAAAUGGGGAAAU